AUGCUAAUUGCCCGCGAAGCACUGAAGGUGGCUGAUCGACCCCUCAUUCUGCUCGGCACCACGAGUCUCAUCGCGUCAACAUUGACCAAGUUGAACCUAGAAAUCGACCUACUCUGCUUAGACGAGGCGGGUGUGGUUUCAACCUCAGCGGCAAUCACGGUAAUGAGAUCGUUUCGACAAGUGUUUCGGGUGGUCGCGUGUGGCGACAAGAUGCAGCUGCUGAGCUGCUCUGACAACAGCCUCGCCACCAUACGUCGGUAUGGAGAACUGUCGGUACUCACACACAUGGAGAAGGAUGAUCGCACCUCAAAAGCGGCACUAAAAUUCACAUACCGCUUCUCGAGGCCACUGGCUGUUCUUAUAAGCUAA